CUCUCCCAGCAUGCCAUGGGGCAUGGCCAGGAGCCGCUCUCCCAGCAUGCCGUGGGGCACAGCGAAGAGGCGCCCUCCCAGCAUGCCGUGGGGCACAGCGAAGAGGCGCUCUCCCAGCAUGCCGUGGGGCACAGCGAAGAGGCGCCCUCCCAGCAUGCCAUGGGGCACAGCGAAGAGGCGCUCUCCCAGCAUGCCAUGGGGCAUGGCCAGGAGCCGCUCUCCCAGCAUGCCAUGGGGCAUGGCCAGGAGCCGCUCUCCCAGCAUGCCGUGGGGCCCGGCCAGGAGCCGCUCUCCCAGCAUGCAGCGGGAGCGCGCCGGGUGCUGUUCGCCGAUGCCCUGGGCUUGCCCUUGACCCGCCUGCGGCGCUACCAGCCCUGGCCGCCCCCCUCGCCCGAGUCGCCCCCCGAGAUGCUGUCCCCCACCGGCCAGCCGCCCCCCGUGCCCUACCUCCUGCCCGCCUUCGUGCUGCCCCCGGCGGGGCAGGGCGAGCCGGAGCGGCUGGCGCGGCUGCGCCGGGCCAUGGUGGAGCUGGAGGAGGUGCUGGCGCCGGGGCCGGGCGAGCCGUGGCUGCUGCGGGGCACCCUGCGGGUGCUGAACGUGGCCUACCGCAAAGCCGUCCACGUGCGGGCCAGCCGGGACCGCUGGCGCAGCUUCCGCGACCACCCCGCCCGCUACGUGCCGGGGGGCUCGCCCGACGGGGGGCUGAGCGACCGCUUCGCCUUCAGCCUGCCCUUCGGCCCGGGCCAGCGGGGGCGGCAGGCCGAGGAGGAGGGGGGGGCCGACGCCCGCCUGGAUUUCGUGAUCCGGUACCAGACCGACGAGGGCGUCUACUGGGCCAAUAACCAGGGCAGGAACUACAGCGUGGUGAUGAAGGGGCUGGCGCCCCCCCGGGCGCCCCCCAGGCCCCCCCGCCAGGACGGCGCCGCGCGGCAGCUGAAGAGUUGCAUGAGGCCGGAGAGGAUGAGGCCCUGCGAGGAGGAGCCAAGCCAUGAAGACACACCAGACCCUGCCCCCGAGGAAGAAGGGAGCCCUGAAGGGGAGACGCGAAGAGACUCGCCCUCAGCCCCCACGGGACAGGUCCCAGAGCUGCUGGUCGCCCCCAUGUCCCCGGAGACGGAGCCGCCUGCCAGGGAGCUCCCGGUGCCCUUGGCUGAGUCCCCGCAGCCGCCGGAGGCCCCGUGGGGUGACCAUGGUUCUCUGGGGCCGGGGCCCUCGUUCUCGGCGGCUGGCCUGGUAGAGCAGGCUGGGCUCUGGCGGGCAGAGGAGGAGGCCGUGGACUCGGAGCUGGAGCAGCUGUAUCUCUCCCACCUCAGCCGGCUGCGGGCGGAGGAGCUGGGGGGCGCCGGGGAGCGGCCGGGGGGCACGGAGGCGUCUGGCUCCCCCCCGGCCUGGCUGCCCGCCCUGCGCCUGAGCGUGCUGAGCGACCGGGACCUGGUGGUCGGCUGGGCCGGGCCGGAGCGGGCUCUGAACAGCUCCCUGGCCCAGGAGAUCACCCUGCGCUAUGGCAGCCCCCCCGCCGGCCCGGGGCGCGACAGCCCCCCGGCGCUGCUGGAGGGGGGGGGCCGGGGAGCCGGCCCGGGCGGGGCCCUGCGGCUGCUGGCGCCGGCCGCCGUGGUGGUGCCAGCACGGGCAGCAGCCCCGGCACGGCUGCCCGGCUGCCCCACACGCCUGGGGCAGGCCCUGACCUGCUCCCUGCUGGUUCUCGGCCUCGUGGUCGUCCUGCCCGUGGUCCUCAGUGGCUGCCUGCCGGCCGCGGCCGUCACCCUGUACGUGGUUCUCACGUGGCGCCAGGCGAGCUUGAGAGGGAUCCAGGGCCGGAAAACGAGCGAGAGGCAAGAUGCUCGAGCCCCACGGAGAUGGUUUGGGGGGGCCGUGAGCCCCGGCUCCGCGGGGCAGAUCCGGAGUCACUCCGGAUUGAGCGGAGGCAGGGAUCCGCUGGAGGAGAGACCCGGCGCCUUGGAUGUCAUCGAGGCCCCGAUCCGGGUAAUUGGGGGGCCGCGGGGAGCCUUCGGCGCCGGGCUCUGGAGGCGGCCGAAGCGGGGGGGCAGCUCCCCCAGCCCCCCACGCAGCCCCCCGAGCCCUGUCCGGCCAGCAUGGGGGGCGGCCCGGCGGAGGGACCCCCCGCUCCCCGCAGGGCCUGAGCGCGGGGGCAGGGGACUCGCCCCCCCCGACCGGGGCAGCAUUUGGGGGUCUCGCCUCACCUCGGGGAGCAGCGGAACGGAGAGGCCCCGGGGCCAUGGGCCGCCCCCGCUAGCCGGCCGGCCGGCGAUGGCCAACGCCAGCGAGGCGGACGAGCCGGGCCUGCCGGGCCCCCCGGCGGCCUCCACCUACGCCAAGCUGCUGCUGCUGGCGCUGAUCAUCUGCGUGAGCCUGGCAGGCAACCUGGCGCUGGCGCUGCUGGUGCUGAAGGAGCGGGGGCUGCACCGGGCCCCCUACUACUUCCUGCUGGACCUGUGCCUGGCGGACGCCGUGCGGGCGGCCGUCUGCUUCCCCUUCGUCCUGGUCUCCAUCCGCCACGGCUCGGCCUGGCCGCACAGCGCGCUCAGCUGCAAGGUGGUGGCCUUCCUGGCCGUCCUCUUCUGCUUCCACGCCGCCUUCCUGCUCUUCUGCAUCAGCGUCACGCGGUACAUGGCCGUGGCUCACCACCGCUUCUACGCCAAGCGCAUGAGCCUGUGGACGUGCGUGGCCGUCAUCUGCAUGGUGUGGACCCUCUCGGUGGCCAUGGCCUUCCCGCCCGUCUUCGACGUUGGCACCUACAAGUUCAUCCGGGAGGAGGAGCAGUGCAUCUUCGAGCACCGCUACGUCAAGGCCAACGACACGCUGGGCUUCAUGCUGAUGCUGGCCGUGCUGGUGGGGGCCACGCAGGCCGUGUACGGCAAGCUGCUCUGCUUCGAGUACCGGCACCGCCGCAUGAAGCCGGUGCAGAUGGUGCCGGCCAUCAGCCAGAACUGGACGUUCCACGGGCCGGGCGCCACCGGCCAGGCGGCCGCCAACUGGCUCGCCGGCUUCGGCCGGGGCCCCAUGCCGCCCACGCUGCUGGGCGUGCGGCCGAACAGCCACGCCGCCAACCGCCGGCUGCUGGACAUGGAGGAGCUCAAGGCGGAGAAGCGGCUGGGGAAGAUGUUCUACGUCAUCACCGUCCUCUUCCUCCUCCUCUGGGCGCCCUACAUCGUGGCCUGCUACUGGCGGGUCUUCGUCAAGGCCUGCAGCAUCCCGCCCCGCUACCUGGCCACCGCCGUCUGGAUGAGCUUCGCCCAGGCCGCCGUCAACCCCGUCGUCUGCUUCCUGCUCAACAAGGAGCUGAAGCAGGGGCUGGCGGCCCGCGUGCCCUGCCGCAGGACAGAGCCCCCCCUGCCCCGGGAGCCGUACUGCGUCAUGUGACGGG